GUGUGGGUGGUGUUUGACUAAGACUGUGUUUGUGGCGUGGUAUGAGCCUGUGUUUAGCUGCUGGAAAUAUAUUCAUUGAAUAUGAUUGACUAUCAUGAAAAAGAAACUAUUGAGCGUCAGAUUGAGACCAUCCUGCCUUGUCAAUCCCUUCAAACCACCGAGCAGUUGCUGGAUACGUUUGAAGUGCAAUCCACUGCUGAUCUGAUUGUUUCCUUGUACAAGAACAAGGUUUGCUCCGAUCCAACUGCAUUGUCAGUUGUUGUGGCAUUUCAAUUUCCUGAUUCUCUUCUCUCGUACUCAUCUGCUGUAGUCGAACAUUUAUACGAACACAUUGGUAAAAACAUACAAUGCAAAGUUGAUCUGGUUGUACUUGCAGAUACCACGUUUGGCAGUUGCUGCGUGGACACGGUUGCUGCCGAACAUGCAUGCGUGGAUCUGAUUGUUCAUUAUGGCCCCUCUUGUCUUUCAAGACCGGCAUCUACUUUUCCCGUUUUAGUUGUUUUGGAAAAGGCACCGAUUGAUAUCCCUGCCACUGUUGCGUAUUUCAUUUCACAAUUUUCAUUGGAUUUACUGCAGCCUGUUCUUGUAAUGUAUGAUUUGGCAUACCAUCAUGCUGCUCAACAUCUUGCUCAAGCGCUUGCCGCUGCUGGGUUCAUUCAUUUGAUUUGGCCGCAUAUUGAAACCGUAUAUAACAUGCCUAAACUUGAUACGAAUGACAUUCAACAUAAGCCAGAGAUGCAAGGUCAAAAAUACAUUCUCCCAGAAGGCGUGCAGAUCCAGGACGUAACCAUGUUUUACAUUGGUGGUGAGAGUCUUAACCUGACCAAUCUUAUGAUGACACAUUCCAUGUGCAAGCAAGUCAUUGCAUACAAUCCUGUUUUGAAUACUGGCAGUGUACAGAGUGGAUCGGCAAACAAGCUGCUUAUGCGCCGAUAUUUCAUGGUUCAAAAGGCCAAGGAUGCUGACGUGAUUGGCAUUGUUGUUGGAACGCUUGGUCUAGCAUCAUACCUCCCAGUGAUAGAGAAUCUCAAGCGGCUAGUGUUAGCAAGCGGUAAAAAACCAUAUAUGCUUGCAUUGGGAAAACCAUCGCCUGCCAAGCUAGGCAACUUUCUAGAAAUUGAUGUUUUUGUGCUUGUUGCCUGUCCUCAGAACGCGUUGCUGGAAACUCGAGACUUUCUCAGACCUGUUGUGACUCCAUACGAGCUCUGUAUUGCACUGGAUCGUAAUGCAGAAUGGGAUGUUUCUAAAUAUCAACUGGAUCUAGUCACUGUUGAUCACCAACUAUCAGACACUAUACAUCGCAUUGCUGAGCGUCAGAUGACGCGAACCAACCUAGACAAUGGCGAUGGUUUAGAUGACUCUGAUGAUGAUCAGCCUCACUUUUCACUUGUAACUGGUGCUUACAAGCAACGUAAGCAGUAUGUGUCAAUUGUUUGCUCGACAGACGAUGAACCUACACAAGGUGAUUCAAGUGCGCUUAUGGCACGAUCAAGAGACAAUGUUAUUUCGAAAUAUACGUCCACCAGUGCAGCAGCAGAGUAUUUGAAUAACAGAACAUUCCAAGGUCUGGAAGCCAUGGUUGGUCAAACUACCAUCUCUGAUGUUCAGGAUGGUCGGAGAGGAAUUGCUCGUGGAUAUAUCAACCCAAAUGUUGAAGCAAAGAAUGACGAUUCUCUAGACAAAUCAUAAAACUGCCGGCUCUAUGUUGGAUCUAUUAUUUUAAUACAUAAUUAUUUAUAUUUCUAGU